CUGGUGUGGCUGUAGGAAGGCUGAUGGCAGCAUGGAUUCCAGGCGGGUGAUAGUGCUGCUGGUGUUGCUACUGUUAACGGACUGGGGCCAUGCUGAAGUACCAAGAGGCCAGGAUGGAGACCAGGUCUUUGUGAAAGAAGACAAUGGACCCAGCUCACUGCAGCAUGCCCAGACCCCUGGGUCCCUCUUGCGCUCCCUGCUCCAGGCCAUGGAGAGAUCUGGCCGGAGUCCAGCCUUCCUGUUUCAGCCCCAGAGGUUUGGCAGAAAUACCUGGGGACCCUGGAGCAACGAGCAACUGAAUCCCCAGGCUGGAGAGUUCUGGAGCCUGGCUGCCCCUCAGCGCUUUGGGAAAAAAUAAGUGUCAUCCCUUGAUGUGUUUGCAUGCAAGGCCCAAAGUGCCAUGUGUCCCCCCAAAUAAAGUGGUCUGGCUUCUGAA